CUUGAGUUUGGAAGUAAUAAUGCACUUAUAAAAUAUUGAUUUUAAAAGUGCGCAGUACGAGAGACAGUAAGAUUCAGAAGUCAAAGCAACUGGUGACUAUGUGGGAAACCCGUGAUUAAUGCGCGUAGGAGAAGCGGCAUACAUUCAACAUCAAGCUGGAUGAAGUUUUAACGAUUGACAAUGGACGAUCCGGUGGUUGACCUUCGGAGAACAGUUGCUCCUCUUGACCUUUCAUUCCGAUCAUUCAUGACUUUCAAGGAAAUUCAAGUACUCUGGAAGUGUAGUGACAUCAUUGAAUCAGACAUAAACCCGGUCUUUGUUGCACACGCUCUAGUUAACAACGGUUACUUUACACAAGAGCUUUUCGACCGAAUAUGUGGCGAACCUAGAAAUAGCGUAACGGUGUUUCUUUUGAGAGAAUUAACCGGUCGCAUUAGCCUGCAUACCUUGAUAAAGGUCCUCGAUGAAUGUUCUUACCAAGAGGUUGCAGCAAAACUACUGUUAGCGCUUGUCAAACAUCAAGAUGAAGCCGUGAGAGUCAGUGGGGUUUACAAAUCGACUUCCGGUCAACGUCCCAUGAUCCACACUUUCUUUCGAAACUUAAAAAGGAUGGUCCACGACGCACAGUUCUAUAACCCGAGAGAGGCACUGCAGAAACUUUCGGAGAAGUUUAUGGUGAAGAUGAACAUGGAAACCAAUCCGGUAAAGAAACAAAUCUUCGCUGACAAAUGUAUUGCAAUAAUAGGAGCUGAAAUCGAUGCGAUUGCUAUAACGUUUGAUACGGGUUUAAGAAACAGCGAGGUCUUUGAUACCAUGAGAAGCCUCACAAAUAACUCGAGUAACACGAUGAUCACUGACGUGGUGUACUACGGUCGCCUGGCAAACGCACAGUCGAUUGCUGGACAAUUUGAAGACAGCGAGAAUAUGUUGAGAGCUGCCCGAAGCCAGGCUUACCAUAUCGGACCAUGUUUAGAACUAGUCAAUAUGUUAUACAUUGAAGUGUACGUCAGGCUCUGGAUGUUUGAACAAAAGCCGACGGUUGAACUGAGAAAAGCGCUCAUGCUGUGGGGUCGUGCUGGAAUAGAAAGUCUGGAGGAGGAGGAUGUCGAUACUAAGAAACUCUGGAGACGAAUGUUCAUACUCAGAAUGGUUUUCUGCUUGAUUGGCCUUGGGAAUAGAGCAAAUGUUAUCGCGAACUGUCAACCAGGGGCAUCUGAUAUAGCUGAGGCCAAACUGUUACUUGCUGACAUUGAACCUACAGUUGACGAAAUGGAAACGAGAAGAAAGAUGUUUUUCUAUGUUGCAAAAGCAAGAAUAGCUGAACUUACCAAACACAAAGAGGACUGUGUAACAUAUUUGCAUAAAGCCGAAUGCAUGGCUCGCCAAGGAAAGUUUGAGGAGUUAGAAUUUAUCAUGCAGUUCUUAAACAGAAUGACUAAUUCAACAGUUUACAAUACUGAAGUAACGACAUUUACUUUCAACAUCAGACAUACAAAUGAGAGAGACCAGUUUAAUAUUGUAGCAAUGGAUGACUCCCAAAGUUAUAUUCUUGUUAGUAUUGAGUCUCCAAAAGGCAAUAGAACCAUUGAAAGCUUAAAACAACUACGGGUUUGUGUAGAUAAACCUGGUAUAGACCAUACAAGAACGCAAUAUAUACCAAUCGCAUCCUCAGAAGAAAACAGUCUUAUACUUUUUCAGUCUCAACUUGAAGCUGCCAUUCCGCAGAUAUUCACAUCUCAAACGCAGCAAUUACGUAAUACCGAUCUCAAGUGUGUGGCCUUCCACUUUCCCGGUCUUUCUGAGAUGGCAGGGGGAUUUGUCUUGGUAAGACAAGAAUUGUCAGAUCUGGUAUCGUCCGAGCAACAGCAUUACUUCCUCCCAAAACAUACGUCUAUGAUGCGGACAAAUAUGAACGCCGUGACACAUUUGGAUAUCAAUAACACGAAUUCAUUUGUUUUCAAGCCUUUGGAGGCAACUUUGGAUCAGUAUGUCAUUCUUAGCCCUUCAUCAUUUGAACACGAUUUUUACGGCAUAGGAUCGACUGACAAUGAACGUUUGUCAUUUCAGCAUACAUGUCUAAAACAAAGGAAUCGAGAACACUGCACACCGGCGUUACCACACACAGAGCAGAAUGGAAUGCUGAAAAAAGACGCAGGGGUUUCCGGGCCCGUGAAAUUUAAAGAACCUUUCGGGAACGCUAAGGUUGUGCUGCAAAGUGGCGGAAAGUGGCAGCCGUUAUCAGGGUCAAUCUUCGAACCAACGAAGGACUUGGAAUACACGACAAUAAAUAUUGAAAACGAAAUUUAUGAUUCGCAAGUGGAACGGCAUCAAUUGUCAAGGAUACAAUCGAAUUCAGAUCAAACCAAUGCGACUGACAUGUACAAUAACUGGCAAAUGCUAACUAUAUACGAACGCGGCAUUCUUUCAGGAGAAUCAGAGGAGUGUCUUAAUGCUGCUGCACUUUUAAAAAGAGAACCAGAUAGAAAUAGAUCUGAUUUUGAAGAUGAAGAAAAUGGCAAUGUUUUAGAAGCAAGUGAUAGAAACACAAAUGACACCGGGAACGCAGGUAUAAGACCGAUGGAAGAAUCUUACAGUGAAGUAACAACACGCACGAAUGAAUUUUCGACAAACGAUUGGCAGACACUUUCGAAAAGUGAAAGACCAGAGGUUUCUGGGGAGUCAUCAUUUGAAGUAAUUGGAGCGCCAAACCAACCUUCUUCGUGUGCGUCUAUUGGCCUUGAUAAAAUAUCGGACAUUUCAGGGCAGUCCUCAUUCGAGGAAGUUAGAGUGCGAAAUCGAUCUCCUUCGUUUACUUUCGUGCAGUAUUCUACACAAGAUCUUUCAUGCAUGUUAGGUGAGCGCCCGGAGCCAGACGGUCAGGACGGGUCCACAGAAAGUUUGGACAAUUUGAACAAAUGUGCCCGAGCUGUUUACAAGAGUGAACAUUUAGAAAUGUCCGAAAAUUGUUCGGUAACAAGUGAGGAUUUAUUCGGUGAUUAGAUCACAGAAUUUAUUUAUUUGAUGAUUGUAUUAUUUUAUUUAUUUUUGUUAUGUUUUACUUUGGUUUGAUAUCAGCGUAGCGUGUUUUGAAUGAAUAUGCAUAAUAUUGAAAUUUAAUGUGUAACCCAAUAUGCAUAUCCAAACUACGUAGUUUAUUUUAUUGUGUUUACUUUAUUUUAUUAUCAGGGAAAUAAUAUGAUUAAACGCGUUGAUAACAUAAACUUCCGACAUUUUAAAAAGAAUUAAACACGGAGAACACAAUUUGAUAAACCAAAUAAAUACACUUAUGAAAAUUU